CUCUCUCUCUCUCACACACACACACACACAUAUAUAUAUAUAUUGUAGAUUUCCCUUAAUUUCCCCCAGGAAAGAAGAGCCAAAAUAUCAUGGCCGCAGUGCAAGAAGACAUUGUGAUUGUAGGAGCUGGAAUUGCUGGCCUUACAACAUCCUUAGGACUUCAUAGGUUGGGCAUUCGAAGCUUAGUAUUGGAGUCCUCGAGUAGUUUGAGGAUCACAGGAUUUGCCUUCACAACAUGGACAAAUGCUUGGAGGGCCUUAGAUGCUGUUGGCCUCGGUGACUCCCUCCGACAACAUCAUCAACGGCUUUGUGGGAAUGUGGCUAUCUCUACAAUUUCAGGACUUCAAACCACAAAGAUGUCAUUUGAAGCCAAAGGAAAACAUGGAGACCAUGAAGUUCGUUGUGUUCAAAGGAGGAUGUUGUUGGAAGCUCUUGCAAACGAACUCCCAAGUGGCACCAUUAGGUUCUCUUCCAAGGUUGUUAAUGUAGAGGAAUCAGGUUUCUAUAAGAUUGUUCAUCUUGCUGAUGGAACCAUUCUUAGAACCAAGGUGUUGAUUGGGUGUGAUGGAGUGAACUCAGUGGUGGCUAAGUGGCUGGGCUUCAAGAAUCCGGCUUUCACAGGGAGAUGUGCCAUCAGGGGUUGUGUGGAUUUCAAGCGCAGUCACGGGUUUGGGACCAAGUUCAUGCAGUUCUUUGGAAAAGGUGAUCGGUCUGGUUUUCUUCCUUGUAAUGAUACCACCGUCUAUUGGUUUUUCACGUGGACUCCCUCUUCCUUUAGCCAAGAGAAAGAGAUAGAAGAUAAUCCAUCUGAAAUGAAGCAACUUGUGCUAAGCAAGUUAGGAAAAAUUUCUGAUGAAGUAAGGGCUAUUAUUGAAAACACUGAUCUGGAUGGAAUUACAUCAUCCCCAUUAAGGUACAGGCAUCCAUGGGAGCUUCUUUGGGGAAAUAUCAGCAAAGGCAAUGUCUGUGUGGCCGGCGAUGCACUCCACCCCAUGACCCCGGACAUCGGCCAAGGUGGUUGUGCUGCCUUGGAAGACGGUGUUGUCUUGGCCAGGUGUCUUGCUGAGGCGCUGUUGAAACAACCAAGUGGCCUGGAGAAAGCAGAAAAGGAGGAAUAUAAGAGGAUUGAAAUGGGGUUGAACAAGUAUGCCAAAGAGAGGAGAUGGAGAAGCGUUGAGCUCAUAACUACAGCUUAUAUGGUUGGUUUCUUUCAGCAGGCUGAUGGCAAAUUGCUGUCCUUGUUAAGGGAUAAAUUAUUUGCUGGAUACCUGGCUGGGGUGCUCUUGAGGAGGGCUGAUUUUGAUUGCGGGAAGCUUAAUAAUUAGCAUUAAUAUUUAAUUUCCUAAGAAUAAAAUAAUUUGUGUUUAUAAUAAUGGGUGUGAAGAGUUGUUGCCCGUAUGUUUUAAAGCAAUGUAAUUAUUCAAGUGUCGAAGACAUUCGCAUGCUAGAGAUCGAUUUUAAUUGGAGAUUUCGUUUUGAUC